UCAGCGACACGACGCGUGCUCUUUCUUGAUACCCUCUCCCUCUCUUCCUCUCCCUCUCUCUCUCUCUAAAAGCAGCAUCGUCCGCCAUCUUUAUCCUCUUCCCGUCUCCCUCCGAUCGUUGGUUCGUCAUCAAUUCCCCCAGAGAAUUCUGCAGAUGAAUCGAUCCCUCCGACCCUCCAGCGAGAAUUCUCGUCCCUCAUCGUCUCCCGACCUCCGCAUCUGAUCGUUUCGUUUCGGUUCGGUUCGGUUCGAUUCGAUUCACCCACGUCACCGAAUCGGCGGACCCUUCGGUUCCCAGUUCAGAUUCUCUCUCUCCCUCCCUCCCCAUCUCUCUCUCUCUCUCUCUCUCUAGGAUAGGCGAUAGCAUCCGUCAAAAGGCUGCGAAGUUCUGAGAUUCCGAGACCCUUUUGCGUGUUUGAAUUGAAGAGCCAGGAAUCGGAUCGACCCACCUCGUGCGAUGUCGUCGUCCCUGAUCUCGCCGAAUCCGAUCGGGACGAGCAACCCAGCCGCCGCCGGUGCCGACCGGUCGCGGGAGGCUAAGACGAGGAGGAGGAAGAAGAAGGCUCAGGCUCAAGCCCAGGCCCAAUCCAAGGCCCGGAGUCUGUCCUCCAAGUGGAAGUCCCAGGCCCAGCAGCAGAUCUUCUCCUCCAACCUCCUCCGCGCCCUGGCCCAAUCCCGGCGCCGCGGCGGCGGAGGAGUGGGAGGCGGCGGCAGCAGCGGCGGGAGGGCCGUCCGCGAGGCGGCCGACAGGGCCCUGGCGGCGUCGGCCAAGGGGAGGACGCGGUGGAGCCGGGCCAUCCUGGCGGGCCGGAUCAGGAUUAGCAAGUUCAGGAAGCGGAAGAGGCCCGCGGCUGCGGUGGCGGCGGCGGCGGCGGCGGCCGGGCGGUCGAGGAAGCCGAGGGUGAGUGUGUCGCGGCUGAGGGGGAAGGGGAUACCGGCCGUGCAGAGGAAGGUGAGGUUCCUCGGCCGGCUGGUCCCCGGCUGCCGGAAGGAGCCGUUGCCGGUGAUACUCGAGGAAGCCACCGACUACAUCGAGGCUCUGGAGAUGCAGGUCAGGGCCAUGAGCGAGCUCGCGCGGCUCCUCUCCGGCGGCGCCUCCGUCGGCGCCGGCUCGAGCUCCGGCUCUCCUCCCGAGCCGCUGCCGGGCCAGUGACUCCGGCUGCGCCGCCACGUGUCGGCCGGUCGCUCGGGACAACGACUUCCAUUUUGUGAAGCCAAUCUUUUGCCUUAAAUUGUUUCUAUCUUCUAUAUGAUAUUGUGAAUAUACAUGCAUUGAGUUUUUUUCUUUUCUCUAAUUUCUUCUUCUUCUUCUUUCUUCUUUUCCAAUGGUAUUUUAGUUUUUUUA